UUUGUCAUGCAUGACAGUUUAUGGUAAUUUUAAUUUUGACAAUUUUUCUAACUUUUUUGUUUCUACUAAUUAAACUGUAACAUUCGAUUUUAGUUCAUUUAUUCUCUGGUAUAUUAAAAAAGACAAGUUAUACAAUACAAGAUGAGAUUGCAUCCAACAUAUUUCUCUGCCGCUUCAAGUACAAAUGCUAGGCGUCCGCAAAGAGAACCAGUACCUUUUCAAAUGUUGCUGCCAUUAGCAUUAAAGAAAACAGUUUCAGGAAAAGGAGAUAAAUCGAAGGAGGCUGCUUGUAUGCAGGAAUUAGCUGUUAUGUUUGCUUGUUUUAAAAAACAUGAUUUUGAUCAACAACAGUGCUUGAAAGAGGUUACAGAAUUUCAAAGUUGUUACUCUGAAUUCAACAAAAGAAUUACUGUUCAGAGAGAGCAAGGAAAAAAAGGUAUACUUGUUCCUGGUGAGAAGAACUUGACUCAUAGACAAGUGAAUAAAAUGUUAAAGGCAUAUCCACCAACAAAGUGAUCUGAAGGAACAGAAGUGUUGACAAGGUUUUACUUGUGUUUAGUCAACUAGUUAAUUGUGAAUAAUGUUUUAUUUAUAAUUUAUAAAUAAUAAAAUAGAUAUAUGAAGUUAA